AAUGAAGCAAGGGAUCUUUUAUAUGCACUUUCCCACAGACAGGAAAGCAUGUACCACAGCCCUUGUCCAGUUGUGGUGCACUGGUUGGAACGAGAAAAAAAUCCCAAUCAGCUGAAUGGAUCCACCAGUGUUGAAGUAUGUCCCAUCACUUAUAUAUAGACGGUGAACUUGAAGCAGUUUCAAAUGUGUUGAGUGCAUCGUUAAAUAAAACAUUUCCUUCCUUCCUUGAAGCAGUUCAUUCCAUUAUUACUGCUUAUUCUGAGAGUUUUGUAUGUUUUAGGAAAUACAUCAUGCUACAUUAUAUUAUUUACAAUACCGAAAACUGACAUUGAUAUUAAAUACUUUUAUAUUGUCUCUGGUGUUAUUUAACUAUUGUGAAAGUGAUGUUAUGUUACAACUAUAUCAUACCAUAACAAUGAUACUUCUUAAUUAAUUAUAUUUAUGACCGUGAUAAGUUAUAUAUAUAUAUAUAUAUAUAUAUAUAUAUAUAUAUAUAUAUAUAUAUAUAUAUAUAUAUAAUAUCUAGAAUAUUUAGUGUAAUCAAUUAUGUCAUAUAUUGACGAUACAGAAACACAUUCUGGUAAUAACAUCUAUAUAUAUAUAUUUAUUAUUUAAUAAGUAAUAUAAAACAAUGAGAAUUAGGUAACAUGAUUAUUAUGAGCCUGACCGAAAUACUCUAAAUGUGUUUCAGAUCCUGUCUUCCAGAUUUCAUCCCACGAUGCCUGGAUCUGGAGCCUGUAAAUUACUCCAAUAAAUUUGAGCAAUGUGGACGAAUAAUCCUGGAAUUAAACCAGACAGGGACAGAGAUGUGGUGCUGAAUGCAGUUCAGAGUUUGGUGGAUGUGGGAAACACCGUUUCGUCAAGUGUACGAGAAAUGAUCACAGAUUCCGUGGAUACAUUUGUUGGAGAAAAGAUUGGAAUUCUAUUCAAAUUGGCAUUAGCUUACAACACUUCAUUUCGAAGCCUCGAAAUAAGUUCAAACCGUGAUUUGGAGCACCUAAUAAAGAAAUACUACAGGGGAUUACCAGUUGACGACUCAUUACGCCCAGUCGUUUUCAGCUGUUACCCUUUCUUCUGGAAUAUUCGUCAACCGUUGGACACCGUGGCUUUCAGAUUUCGUGAUGUCGUAAGUGAGUACCUUAAAAUCGAGCACCAGUGGGAUGACAUUUUGAGGGAUAUUGACAAAAAGAUUAACCAGGGAGACAACCAGAUGGUCAGCAUUGGCGAGAAGGGUCCCGUUGAUGUGUUCUUAGUGAAUGCAAAAACUGGUGACACCACGACAAUCAGGAAUUAUUUGGGGAAACAAAGCAUUGUCCUUGUCGCUCUACGCCACUUCGCCUGACUCCCAUGACGAGACCAUGUCAAAGAGCUGAUGGCGAGGAAGUUACUGGAAGUUAGCGUAGGCGGAAUAUACCAUGUCAAAGAGCUGAUGGCGAGGAAGGGCGAGAUCGAUGCAGCUAAUUGUAUUAUACUUUUGAUAUCAUUCGGCGUUCGUUCUGGAGCCACGCGCUGGCUGGCAGAGAUGGAAUGUCCCUUUGACAUGCUGCUGGAUUCUGAUAGACAGGUUUUUAAAGCAUUUGGACUAAAGAAAUCUGUUUAUAAGGUUUGGUCUGUGUCCUGUAUGGUUUAUUAUGGGGAACAAAUGGCUGCUGGAAGAUCACUUCCACGUCCAUACGCAGAUAUCCAUGACGACCCUAACCAGAUGGGAGGAGAUUUUAUUUUGGAUAAGAAUGGAACCGUUAAACUCGUGUACUGUAGCAAGACAGCUAAAGAUAGACCCACCACUGACGAUCUCUUGGACAUUUUGAAGACAAUUGAAAAGUGAUGUCCAUAGCUGUAACUGUAAAUGAAGGUCAAGGUUAAACUUUCUAGGAGCCUCGUCUGGAUGUCAUCAGUUAUAGUAUUUCAGAAGAAAACCACCGUGCAACAGUAGCUUAAAGACAAUGUAGACUAUUCCUUUGAUUCAUUUCAUUUAUUUCAAAGUACAUUUAUGCAAUAUACAUAUACUUUCAUUUUGUAUUGAAAAUCUCCUGUUACUUAUACUGACACAUUGAUGCCUCAGUUAAAUCC